GACAACAGGGUGAAGAGAGAGUGCAAAAACAUGGCUACAACAAUGUCUGAGCUGUUCUUAUUUUCCUGAUAAACACUCGAAAUAAAGAUGUGUAAAUAGUGAUGGUGUUUUAACGCAGUCAAAAAAAGAUAAUUAAAGUCAGUAUUAUUAUCACGUUCGGUUUUAGAUAAAUUGAUUUCAUAUACGCCAUGAGUUUUAUUAAUUAAAGUGUUGUUUGUGUGACCACCUGGCUCUAUGUGUACUGUCAAUCGGACCUUAUCAUUAAAAACAUGAUGGAUUUUAUUAUGUUCAUAUCAAAUACACAAAGGACUGUCUCUUUAAAUUGACCUCAUUGACCGAAACGGAUGCCUCCGUUGGUGGAGCAGUUGCAUCAUUAUCAGUAUCAGCCGAGGCACAUGGAACCGCCCCGAAAUGGAGACUCGGUUCAAGUGGAGCACCGGUCGCACCACCAACAUCAUCCGUCUCAUCUUCACCUACACCAUAGACCACCGCCACCAUACCUCAGGACUGCUUUGUAUGACUAUGAUGCCCAAGGAGAAGAUGAAUUAUCGUUACAGAAAGGGCAGAUCGUCGAGGUGUUGUCAGAAGAUGCUAAAAUAUCCGGAGAUGAAGGUUGGUGGACAGGAAAAAUUGGGGAUAAGGUGGGUAUAUUCCCAUCGAAUUUCGUGGCCCACCAAGACCCCGGUCAGGAUUUUUCCGAUCACUACAAUAACAUCAUAGCAGAUAUAGAUCCUGUGAAAAUCGAUUUUUCCGAAUUGGAACUCGAGGAAGUGAUCGGUGUCGGCGGUUUCGGUAAAGUGUAUCGCGGUAUAUGGAAAAAUCGUGAAGUGGCGGUAAAAGCGGCGCGACAAGACGCCGACGCCGACGCUAGCGUUACAUUAGAAAACGUUAUUAAAGAAGCGAAACUUUUUUGUUUGUUGCGUCACGAAAAUAUUGUUUCGUUGGAGGGUGUUUGUCUCCAAGAACCGAACUUGUGUUUAGUGUUGGAAUAUUGUCGGGGUGGGUCUUUGAAUCGGAUAUUGGCCGGUAGAAAGAUAAGGCCAGACGUGUUGGUCGAUUGGGCGAUACAGAUCGCUAGGGGGAUGGAUUACCUGCAUUGUACGGCGCCCAUAUCGCUCAUACAUCGGGACCUGAAGAGCUCUAACGUUCUACUUAGCGAAGCCAUAGAGAACGACGAUAUUCAGCUCAAAACCCUAAAAAUCACCGAUUUCGGUUUAGCCCGUGAAGUAUAUAAAACAACGAGAAUGUCACAAGCCGGAACGUACGCUUGGAUGGCACCGGAGGUCAUUAAAAAUUCCACGUUUUCGAAAGCGAGCGACGUCUGGAGUUACGGAGUACUGCUUUGGGAAUUACUUACGGGAGAAACUCCUUACAAAGGCAUCGAUACGUUAGCCGUAGCUUACGGAGUGGCUGUGAACAAGUUAACAUUACCCAUACCGAGCACAUGUCCUCAACCUUGGAGAGAAUUGAUGGAAAAAUGUUGGGAGUCCGAUCCUCAUCGAAGGCCAUCAUUCGAACAGAUACUAGACGAUUUAGAUAACAUUGUACACUCUUCAUUUACACAAACUCCUCACGAAAGUUUCCACAUCAUGCAAGACGACUGGCGGCAAGAAAUCGAAGAAGUUCUAUUGGAGCUUCGCAGAAAAGAAAAGGAGCUGCGAUGUAGAGAAGAAGACUUGAAUAGAGCACAGUUAAAACAGCGAAUGCACGAAGAGCAGCUCAGACAAAAGGAGCAAGAACUUCACGCCAGAGAAAUCGAUUUACUCGAACGAGAAUUAGAUUUUAUGAUUAAACAACAAACCCCCACGCCUAUUAAAAGAAAAGGAAAAUUCAAACGAUCCAGAUUACGUAUACUGAAAAAAGAACCUGGUUCGAAUAUUAGUUUCCCUUCGGAUUUCCGUCAUACGAUUACGGUUCAACAUACGGUAGAUCACAAAGGUAUCAGCGGUAUCAUAUCCCCCAAUAGCCCCCCGGGAUCACCAGCUAUACCUAGGUUAAGAGCUAUAGCACUACCGGCGGACGGAGUAAAAGGUAAAACCUGGGGACCGAGUACGUGCCAUCAACGCGAGAGAGGUCAAAUAAUGUUACCUAGCCCGAACCGGACGGCGCUGUGGUCGAAAAGCGCCCCGAAUUUGGAUAAAACCAGAACGGGAAUGGCGCCGAUUAUGCACACCCAAACGUCAAGACCCCAACACGACAUAGGCACACUUCAGGAGCGCCUGCCCAAAAUAAUAUAUUAUGCUCCAGUUGAGGAUUGGGGUCCUGAAUAUCCUAUACCUGGUACCAUUCGACCAACAGUACCCAUACCGACGUUGUAUAGUGCCGAUGGGCAACGUAUGAAACCAAAGUUCAGUAUAGUGGAAUUAGUUCUGUAUAAUAUAGCCGCAAUGUUAGCUGGAGUAGCUUCUGGAUACGAUGUUAGGUUAUCAAAUGUUUCGCCUUUACACCCAAGACUGCAACCCUCUAGGUUAGAAGUAGCUGAAUUACCCGCCUGGCGGCCGGUAGAACCUCAAGAUUACGAGUAUUCUACAACUUCCGGUUACAACCACAACACUUACCACGGUCCAACAAAACACUAUCGUCCGAUGUUGACCGGUUCCCAAUUAAUCAACGUACAACACGACGAAAUGAAACCGCUUCGUUUCACGGAUUCACCUCAACACCAUCCAGUACCAAACCCAUCGCCCAGAAGAAAAUCCAGCUCGACGAGUAACGACGGUUCGGAAUUAUUCCUACCGUUCGAAAGAAACGCUACGAUAUACAUUCCAGGCGAUUACCACCGUUGCCAAACCGACACCGGACAUUGCGUCGGAUGCAAUCGACCGGAAAAUAAUUAUAUUUAUAGUCAGUAUCAAGACGCGGUUUGUCCGGGAUACGGGUCUGAAUACAGCGGUUCGACGACUUUAUACGGCUACGGGACCGAUUACGCUUACGAUAACCCGAGUAGUUUGAGUAGUCACAGCGGACCUAGGACGCCACAAAGACUAUCGGUACAUAAACGCACACCGUCGAACGUAUCGAAUGCGAGUUCUACCACCACGAGCGGUUCGAAUAUAAACCCUAGUUUCAAAUUGGAAGACGAUUACAUACCGACGCACUAUUUACCUAGAAGACAAUACGAGUACGAGUAUAAUUCGUAUCCGAGACAAAAUUGUCUCGAAUCGAAUUUCGAAAGACCGACUACUCUAGAUACGACCGGUUACACUAAAUUGCGCUCCAGUUUGAAACGGAGCAAUUAUCAGAGUACGCAGGGUCAUUCGGGGGGUAAUACGCCGACGAACCCCACGCCUCCGGAUAGUUUGACGAGCGAUGAUAGUUCGUACGUGUCGGCGAAAGAGAGUAAUAGUAGUGUGAGUAGGGUUCGAUUUUCUCCGACGACUUUGAUAGACUUACCGGUGCCCGGGCAACAUCAAGAUCAAACGGUACCUUUGCAAGCUAGAAGAACGAGACAGAGGCCCUCUUUAGUUGAAAACGAGAAAGAUUUUAUAUCAUAACCCCUUUCGAUUAGGUUGAUUUUAUGGUAUAUGGAAGCAAUAUUUACCGUUGGUAAUAGCGAAUGAUGGGACGAAUCGUACGAAUUUUUUUUUAAUACUCGAUAGUAUGUCAAGUGGGAAGAGAAAAAAUCGAUUUUGAUAGUGUUUGGGAAAAUUUAAAAUUGAUUAAAAUGAUCGAAAAAUAUUGUAUGUGAUUUUAAUUAAUCGUUUUUGUAUACAUAACAUUAAAUUUUUCCAAAAAAACAGAGCAAAAAGUCAUUUAUUGUAUGGAAAAAAAACCGUUUCAUUAUUUUUUUUUUGUAUAUAAUUUCUAAUUAUUUGAAAAUUGACGCAAAAUCUAAUAAAAUUAGAAUCAUCAAAUUUUCAUAGGACAAUUUUUUUGCAAUGUAGUUCCAUUUUAAACGUAAACUAAAAAAAAUCAUUAGUUUUGAAUUAUUUUGUAUUGGUAACUAGAAAGUGGAUUAUAAUUGAAUCCAAUUUUGGAAAAAUUCGAUACAUUUUUAGGAAAAAAAGUUAAAAAACAAGAAAAUAGAGAUUUUUCAAUUUCCUUUUUCCUACUAAAUUAAAUAUUUUUUGUAAAAAAUCGGCGUUUUCUUGCAUUUUUCUUAAAAAAACUAUGAGGUGAAGUAUAAAAGGCAACUAAAAUCGUAUAUCCACAAAAAUCAUCAUAUUUGUCUCUUUUGCCAACAAAAAAAUAGAGGUAUUCAACUCUUCUUUCCCCAUAUUCCAUUUUUUUCAUUCAAAAUGGAAAAUAAUUACCCAUUUAGAGAACUAUUUUAUCAAAAUCGAUUUUUUUUCUUCAAAAUGAAGCAAUUAAAAUAUUAUUUGUGUCAUGAGUUCAUAGAUGUGCCAUAUUUUCUAGUGAAAAUCGUUCCAAUAGAAAUUACCAUGUUAAUUUAAACACAAUAAUUUUUAAAAAAUGAAAAUAAUCGUUAUGUAACAAGUGUGUAAAGUAGCCUUUUUUGACGAAGGUGACAAUAACGUGAGUCGAAACAAAGCCUUUACACACUAAUUGCAUACAAUAUUUUUCCUACUAUCAAAAAGUGUGUCUAAAAUACGUAAGGUAGUAGAAAAAAAGAAUUUUAUAACGCUACAGCAAUAUAAUGAAAUUCCGAUUUUGGAAUUGGAAUUUUUGUUAUAUUUAAAAAAUUUAAAUAAAUCGGAUAAAAACUUUCAGUAAAACGAUUUCAAUCAAAAAUACUACAAAUUGAAGAAAAUCUUUAAGUUCUGACAACAUCGCAAAAGCAAUAUUGUCUUAUCAGAGAAACAAAAUAGAUUGUUAAGACUAUAGAUAUUUAAUUGCAGUAUUGCCAAUAUUGAAGGUUUUUUAUUUGCAAUAUUCGAAUUCAAGUUUUUUUAUUUCUAAAUUCUGCAACGAUAUUGUGUAUUUUAUAUUUACCAAAACACAACACGCCAUGUUUGCUACGCCUCUGUAGACAGGCACAAAAUAUAUCUUGUGUUUGUUUCAUAUUCAUAGUAAUCAAAAAAUUUUGUUCAUAUUAUAAAAAUUAUUUAAUCGUUUUAUCCACAAUAACUGUUUAAAUGGAUAUGAUCACCCAGUUGCAGGAGAGUCGUUACCAAAGAUUAGGAUUACUAAACUCUAGACAGAAACAGAGAAACGUCAAUGUUUCGGCUAGUCACCUUACUGCAAUCUUAUCAGAAUUAAAUGAUUUAGAAUUUAAAUUUUCUACUUACUAAAGGGUCGAUUAUAUUUAUUCAAAUUAGAAGGAUUUUGAGUAUUGUAUAUUCAAUAAAUAUUUACCCGGAAACUUUCUAUAAAAAUAUAGUUUUAUAGGUAAAAUAUUUGAUAAUAUAAAGAAUUUCGUCACUCAUUUACAGGAAACUUUGGCAACACUGGAUUACUAAAGACAGAAAUGUCGUUAUUCUGGCUUCAAUUACAUAGUACAACUUUUUCUUUAGACAUUCUGUUGAAGUAAAAGUCAGGCAACACUGGAUUACCAGAAUUUUUAUACAAGGAAAAUGGGGUUACCUAACCUAAAAAUUUUUAGUUUCUACGUCGGAUAUUUUCUAUUGGAACAAACUAAAUACAUAUAUACAGUGUGUUUGAAAAUUAAAAACUGCUUCAAACGUUUUUAUCAUCCAAUAUUUUGUAUGAUUCGUGACUUUAUUCACUCGUGAUUAAAACUAGUCUAAUUUUUUUUCUGCUAUUUAUUAUAUUGUGAAUUGUACUCAUCGUCGGCGUUAAUUUUCAAGUGGCAUAAAUUAUGUAUUAAAAAAAAAAUAAAACAUGAUAUUGUGUGAUUUUAUCUUUUAUUAAAUUAAUUUAUUUAUAUUUGAGAUUUCAAAACGUUGUGAUGUCGCUUUUUAAAUGGAAAUUUCCAAAUAAUGAAUUAAAAUGAAAUAUUUCGAUAGAAUCGAUAAUAUAAUCGAUUAUUUACGAUCGAUUUUAAUGAAUUCAUUAUCGAAACUUCUAUUUCUUUUUAUAUAAAAAUUGUAUUUUAACAUUUAACAAUUUGUUUCAAUUAUCACUCAUUUUAUUAUCUAUUAUUAUUGUGCUCAAUUGUUUAUAUACAGGGUGCGUCCGUAAAUAAACAGUAAUAUUGAAAAAAACUCCCGAUUAAUGGACAGCGCUGUAUUAUAAACUAUAUGUUUAUCCAAUUUGUGCCUGUGCCUGUGUGUACAGCUUAUGUACAAGUGAUAUUAUAAUCUUGGAUAGUCAUUUACGUGCAAUUUCUCGAAAUGCGUAACUUUUUUCAAGAUAAUUUAAUUUUAAUUAUUAAAAAAAAUAUAAAACUACACUAAAUUUUUGAUACCAAAUUUACAUUAAAAAAAUAUAACUAUAUUUUGAUUCAUCCUGUAAUAUAUUUUUAUAAAUUUUGUAGUAAUUGUUGAAAAAAAUCAUCAUAAUCCACCUAAUUUGGUAUAAAAGUAUAAUUUUCAGUACAAUUUCAUUUUUUCAAAUUUUUAUAAUCUAAUUUUUGAUUUAGUGUAGAUUUUGUAUUUUUUGGAAUCAUAAAAUCGAGACUAGAACAUUCCAUUUUUUUUGAGACUUGAUUGUGUGUCCAUUUUUUUAUAUACAUUUAAUUAAGCAGUUCUUUAAUGUACUUAAUUUUUUUCUAUUUUAUAAUAAGUCGUUUAAGUUGAAAAAUGAAACACUUUCCAAUUUUAAGAAAAAAGAAGAGAAAAAAUCGACUCUAUGGAAUAUAAAAAUGGUGAAUUAUCAUCGUUAAAUGAUGCAAUAAGAGAUAUUUGGUUAACAGAUUUUUUUAAAGAAAAAAUUAACAGUACCUAAGUGUGUAUAGAGUCUAGUCACUAUUUUUCUGCAUUUAUACACUGGUACUAUAUUGAAUUUUUAUGUAUAUAGCUUCUUUUCUACUCAUUUGACAAUGUAAUCACUAUUUUAACUACCGGUGUUUAAAGGUGAAUACACACACGACCGCGCCGCGUCACUACUGUACGGCGAAAAGCCGUACAAUAAAAACUAAGAUAUUGAUGCCGAUAUAGAAGUUUCUACACUAAAUUUGGAAAAAAUAUAUUUGCAUAAUGGGAUUCAAUUAUUUUCUUCAAUAAAACUAACUAAUAACUUGAUAAUACUUUUUAAUUCAUAAAAUAUAUUAGAAAUAUGUUGUCACUAAGAGCGAAAUAAUUUUAAGAAUUUGAUUAUCGUCCAUUUUAAAUUAGUAAAUUUGAUAAAUUAUUUCUAAAGUUGGGGUUUUAUAGUUCAAAUUUAGGGUAUUGAAAUAAAUUAAAAAAAAAUUGCUAGCAAUACCACGUUACUGGCUAAUUUUUUACUGACGUAAAAUAUCAACUUCUCUUAGAUUUUUUUAAAAUUUUUUUCCAAAUAAUUUAUAAAAUCCAUUAUAAUAUUGAAUUUUGAAUGAAUUCUGAACUUAAAUCGUGAUAUAUAGGUCGAACGGAUCGAGUACGGCGCCGUGCGGUCCCGUGUGUAUAGGCCUUUAGAUAUAAUUAAAAUUUAAACGACCCAAUUUAAUUUUUAUGUAUAUAGUUUUUCUCUAGCUGAUUCUAAGAUUCAAUCACUACUUUAACUACCGGUGUCUUAAGGUCGAUACACACGUGACGGCAUCGCGUGGAACCGCACAGUGGAAACAACCAUAGUAAUGCCAAUAUGGAUGUCUCAAUAACAAAUUUUGGAAAAACAUAUUUAAAUAAUUGGAUUUUUUAGUUUGAUUUAAAAAAAUUGACUUUAAUAAUUUAUAACGAAUUUUUCAAUUCUUAAAAAAUUUGAGGCAUUUUGAACGCCGUUUCUUUUUAAUCGACCCAUUUUAUUUUUGUUUCGAAAAAUCUGAAGUAAUAACCACUGUUGCCCCACAGAGCAUAAUAACUGAGUAUUAAGAAAAACUGGUAUCAACACAACAAUACAAGUUGGGGUUUUAUAGUUCAAAUUUAGAGUAUUAAAAUAGAUUUAAAAAAAAAGUUGCCAGCAAUACAGCGUUUGAUUUCUGAAAGACAUAAAAUAUCAACUUUUCUUAAACUCUCAUAAAAUUUUAUUCCAAAUAAUUUAUAAUAACCAUUAUAAUAUUGAGUUAUGAAUGAAUUCUGAACUUACAUCGUGAAAUAUUGGUCGAUAGGAUAUCAAGUGCAGUGCCGUGCGGUCGCGUGUGUGUGCGCCUUUACUUAAAAUCAAUUUAAACGACUUGGGGGGGGGGGGUAUAAAUAUUGAAUUUUAAUAUUUUAAUAAUCCGAAUAUAAUUAUUCGGGAUUCGUGGCCAUGGUAUGUAUCUACUUAUUAUAUAUAGAUAAUCACCAAUGUUCAGUAUUUAGUAUGUACAUUGUAAAUAAAUUAUACAUAAUGUAUUAGAAAUUGACUACCUGUGGCUUCCACGUUAUUAUAAAUAUAUAAAUAUCAAUGUAGAUUUAUUUAUUUAAAUGAAUUGUAUAAUACAUUCCAAAGUAUCUUUAUAACAAAAACAUUAUUAAUACUCAUGUGUGAAAUGUAACAAUCAAAUUAAAAUCAUAAAAAUCGAA